AUGGCUCCUUACAUGGACAGCCCACGUGGCCCAUGUUGCAGUUGGCUGGGCUGGGCCUCGAAUUAUUCCGAGGCUGCGGUGUGCGACGACGACGACGACGACCAGGAGAUGGCUGCGGCGGCGGGCGGCGGCGGAGGAGCGAAGGCGACGGUGGCGGAGCAGAUAGGGCAGGCGGUGCAGUCCACCUCCAACCUUCUCCAGCUCAUGGAGCAGUCCUCCCCUGCCCAGGAAGUAGGUGCUGAUUCAUGCAGAAUGUUUAUUCAGGUCCACUUGGCUAAACUCCCUAAGAAUCUCUUGGCAAAAGCAUCUCUUACAAAGAACACAGAGCAAGUGCUACAACAACUACCUAAUGUAAUUUCUUCCUUGGAUGCUUUUAUGGACAGUAGUUUGCAAAGCGCAUCUCAAAUUAAGACUGUCACACAACUGUUGUCAAACAUGGAGAGCACCCAGCUCAAAUCUAUUUUGCCUGCCUCUCGAUUACAGAAAGAUCAAAAGAAUACUGAGCCUGGAGAACUCAGGGUUGACUGAUGUGUUCACUGUGGCUUAUGCAAAAAGCAGAUCUUGGCAUCUCACCAAAGCCUAGGCUCAGCUGACUUCUGCUGGAGAACAAGGUAGUAACUGAAGAAUUGUAGUUGGCAAGACUCAGGUGGCGGGUGGCGCUGGAAUGUGCAAAGGGCCCUGCUGUAGAACUGUGAAACCAUUAUCUAUGUGCACUGUGAUUUGGAGGCUCGAGGCAACGGACCUGCUGUCACUGUCAUAAUGCUUACUGCAAAUUCUGUUGAUUCGCUCCAGUGCUAAUUAAGAAACAUUAGUGUUGCCCCCUUUUCAUUUAAAUGUAAAAGAAGAUACGAUGACAUCUGAUAUUGCCAAUGCAGGUACGUGUGUAACGCCAA